AUGGCAUCUACUCGAUUAUUAUUUGCGAGUACAAGUAAAGCCCAACUACUGAAACCAAAGUUGACCGUACAUGCUUCUGUGAUUCAACCUUUACUGCAGCAAAAAGGAUUCCAUUCUCACAACACGAUCAUGUAUGCAGCACAUCAAUCAGACCACUGGCAACCUCCAAGCCAUCCUCUUAUGGAGCAAUUGGCUCGUCAUCCUCAUAUUAUGGAACAAUUGUUGGAAUUUACAGCAUUUAUUCAAACCAAGGGUAUUGAUCCAAGUGGUAAACAACUCAACUAUAUGCAAGUGAUGAAAGUCAUGCAAGAUCCAGAGGUCAAGGCAAAAGUACAACAAUUAGCACGCGAUAUGCAAUCAGCAGGUAUUCAAUUGGAUAUGGCUACUAUUGCAGAACUUCAAAAAUCAUUGGGUCAACCUCCUACAACAAUCCAACAAGAACAUGAUGAUUCAAAGGAUCAAGAUAACAAGACAGAUGGAAAGCAAGGUGAUGGUGUUAUCAACAAAGUCAAGGGUUUCUUCAAGAAAUAG